GUAUUCUUAAAGAAACCAGAGUGUUAUACAGGUAUUCUUUUAUGUUUCAAAGGUGGGAUAUCUGCAAUGCUAUGUCAGCAGGCUGCGUAUAAGUGGCUGAAUUGCAAGAGGGCCAAGAAGGACCCUGCAAACAUCGUGAUAACUUCAGAGAUAAGACAAGACCAGUCCAUGCAAUGGACACCCAUAUGCGCUUCCAAUUCCUCCAAUUCCCCCAGAAUAAAGCGGCAAUCGGCGAGAACCGAGCGGGGAAGAUGGGGGACCUGAUCUUAGGAUAGGGAGAUAGAGAACUGGGCAAUAUCGAGGCCUCAUGUGCUCCCCUGGGGCCCCUGGGGUGUGGCGCUGGAAGUCGUGUUCAACAGCUCGA